AUGCAAAGAAUAACUUCUGAUUUUUCGGUCUCAGCUUCGGGUUUAAUGGUGCCAAGGUGGUGCCAAGAUGAUGAACAAGAGGGCUGUGGUGCUGACUCUCAAUGUCUAAGAUGUGGUCCUACAGGAUGCAUCAAAUGUCCAGUAUUGAUAGUGGAAGGAAGUCGGGCCUGCGUCGAUGAUUGUCCUUCUGGCAGAUCAGCUUCCUGGUCUGCUCUUCCAGACUAUAUGGGCAAAGUGUGUCUGAAAACAGGACCAGGUGGAUUAUCUGGUGCGGGUUUAGCUGUAGUAAUAGGCGCUUGUGCAGGAGGAGUUGUCUGCAUCAUUAUUAUAACUGCAGGUAUACUUAUUGCAAAAUACCGUAAACGUCCUCAGAAGAAAAUUAACUCCCAAAGAGCGGAAUUUUUAAAAGAGUUAGAUCGACUACGACCACAAAGCCUGUGGAAACAAUUGUUAAUGUUCCCAAUGAUUGAAGAAGUUGAAUCAGUGGGCCGAAAAGUAGCACAAUUAAUAAACUUUUUACAAUCGCCUUCUUACGACGAUAAAGCUAUUCAAACGUCUGUGACAACUUUCAAGCCGUCGAAUGGGUUUGGUUCCGCGCUUAGUUUGCAAGACUUUGUCGAGCCGUUCUCAGAUGGAAAUACUACUUUACUGCUGAGCAAUGGCAAUUACGAACGAAUGCUGAAGGAGCAGACACCAGCUUAUGGACCAGGUGGAUUAUCUGGUGCGGGUUUAGCUGUAGUAAUAGGCGCUUGUGCAGGAGGAGUUGUCUGCCUCAUUAUUAUAACUGCAGGUAUACUUAUUGCAAAAUACCGUAAACGUCCUCAGAAGAAAAUUAACUCCCAAAGAGCGGAAUUUUUAAAAGAGUUAGAUCGACUACGACCACAAAGUUAUUGCUUGCUGGCAAUUUUGAACGAUAUCCGACGGCAAAUACGAGAAGUACAUGCUAAUGGUGAUACUACUGCGGCUUUAACAUACUGGCCAGUGGUGAGAGAUUUGGCUAAAUUAUUAUAUUUAUUGAAUAGGCCUGUGGAAACAAUUGUUAAUGUUCCCAAUGAUUGGAAGAAGUUGAAUCAGUGGGCCGAAAAGUUAAUAACGCGUUAUAAACAUAUAAGUAAUGAAAGUCAACCGCAGGUAGCACAAUUAAUAAACUUUUUACAAUCGCCUUCUUACGACGAUAAAGCUAUUCAAACGUCUGUGACAACUUUCAAGCCGUCGAAUGGGUUUGGUUCCGCGCUUAGUUUGCAAGACUUUGUCGAGCCGUUCUCAGAUGGAAAUACUAUUACUGCUGAGCAAUGGCAAUUACGAACGAAUGCUGAAGGAGCAGACACCAGCUUAUGGUUGGAAGAUGAGUGUUUUCAACUUGGCUUAAGACCACAAGAUGAAAUCACCACUGAACUAUGAUAACUAUUCGCAAGAAUAAAAAAUUUCUCAUUGCUAGUUCGAAAGACAAAUACCUUUAAAAAAUUAUCCUAAGUUUGUAUAUA